GAACACUUCUGGUAUUCGCGGUCAGUUCCGUUCUUCGCCGGCUUGAUCGCCGCCGAUCGUCGCGUUCCACUCGCAACACCCCCGCGGUCGAUUAACACGUUCACGUUAGAACAUGUUUCUGUAUAUUUAACUUGUUAACUGUGGAAUUUAGUUUGCAGAGUCUUUCAUUGUGCGCGCAGCAAAAUAAGAAAAUGAAGUGUGUACUUGUCAAACGCAGGACGAAUACACCUAGGUUAACUGGUUAAAACACGAAAUACGAAAUAUAACCGUGGCAAACAGGAGAUAGGACAGUGAUUGAAGAAUCUUCGAACUAGUUCUUGUCUCUUGGAAAUUCGAAGAAAAGCUUGUGUUCUCUUUACUUGGAUGAAAACUCUGCUUGGAUAUUGCUGCUCAGACCUUUGGAACACGAUGAUUUAUUCGUGUUAUUAUGUAGAUUGACGAAGUAAAAAGAGACUGGACUUUACGUGAAGUUUCUAUUUCUAGGAUAGUUCGGUUAGAUUGUGUCAGUGGUUCGUUAACACUUAACGCACCGGCAUUUUGUAUGUACCCACUGAAACCAGUGAAAUAACUGGUUAGAAAACGCAAACAAGUUAGUUAUAAUACAUUUAUCUUACUGGAAACAAACAACAGGAAAGGCAAAUAUUGAAUAAAUGAUUAAUGGGACAAUGUAGAAAUUGAUAUAAAGUUAAAUGGACUGAAGGAAACGCAGGAUUUUCAAUCAAACUCUAAACCUGUACAUUUGACCUGUCGCAGUACGUUCAAUGUUAAACUUGUUGUAGAGGUUGUCGAGUAGUGCUUCUAAACAUGUAACUGAACGAUGGAGAUUGAAAGUAUCAGUGAACAUAUACUCAACGAAGUUGCUUCUCUUCGUUGAGAUGCAUAGGAAGCAUUCGCUACGUGUGACAAAGAAGUCGGAAACAAAUUCUCAGCUACGUCGGUGUUAAAGUUAGUCUCAGACUUGCGAAAUUCGGCUCGGAAAUUAAACCGAGGAGAAUGCAUCCGUGUUCGUUGAGAUGGAAAUUAUGUUUAUUUCUUUAGUGGGAGUUUUCUCUCGACUGUUGAAUUCUAGAAAUGAAUUAUGUUUCGAUAAACGUUUAACGCUCACGAUUUUUAAGUAAAUUAACAUCCGGUUCGAAGAACCACGUACACAAUUAAAACAGGGUAUAAAAUACUAAUCGAACAGUGAAUUCUCAAACUACGCUUUUCACGUGGGCUUCAAGGAUUGCAUUCGCCAACGGUCGUUGCAAAUAAGCCUGACGAACAUUCGCAUUAAUGAGUUACAAAAGAAAAUUGAUGUCAGUGAAAAAUAGAGUCGGAUGUUGCUCGACGGGCACACGUUUUGCUGCCUCUGUGGAAUGAAUUGUUCGAAGUGUCCUUAGAUAGCAGUGCUCUAGUGAGAAUCGUCCCGGAGGAAGACGCAGGGUCUCGAUGCUUUUGAGGAGGAUGGCGAGCGAGGUGAUGCUGGCGCCCACCGCGGCGCCUGGAACGUCCAGACGAGAAAUAGACGACGUCAGAGAUAUGGUUAGAAACGCAACCGUCACGACCGUUUACGCCAAACAACGUGCCUCCGUGAAAUGGCUUCUGUCGAAGGCGUACAACAACCGAGUGCCCGAAAACCUUCGCGAGCCGUAUUAUGUUGAUCAUGAGGAUCAAGAACACCUGAAGCCGCAGAUUGUCCACGCACUUUCCAAUGCAGAACUGUACUGCCUGGCGCUGGCAAACAUCUACUCGGAUCCAAAUUACCACAAUCAGAACCACUGCGGUAUUCUGCAAGCCCUUGCCAGAAAAGGUGUUUACCUCACGGAACCAAAUAACACUCAACUCACCGAAACAAUCCUCAUUCAAAAUUCACCACUCAAAAUGUCCGCGCAUAUGGCUGUGAUAGAGGGCCUGAUGGUCUUGUACGCGAAAGAGGUCGUGACCGGGGAUCGAUUGGUCUCGGCGAUACGCCGGUUCGAUCCCCAGGCGGAGGUGGAGGUCCCGGCCGACCACGAGAAAGGGCUUCUUCUUUGGAUAAGCCACGCAUCGCACGCGUUGAUCGCGAAAAUCCAAACGGAGGAGGGCGCCGGCGACAAAACGCGACUGCCAGAGCUACCAGCUGCUAAGGACUUCCAAUCGUUAUGUGACGGGGUUGGCCUGGCCGCAGUGGUGGCGUUUUAUUGCCCCGGCGAGCUGAACUGGAUGGACAUCAGGGUGUCGAAGAGACCCUCGGUGGCGGACGCGCUGCACAAUCUGUCAUUGGUUCACGCGUUUUGUAACAGAUGUUUACCGUAUUCCAUUUUUCACAUGCAACCGGAGGACGUAACGUACAUGAGGGGGUCUAUGAAGCAAAAUUUAGUCGUUUUUCUGGCGGACAUGUAUAACGUGUUGGAGAUCCACCCUGCAAAGUGCGUACGUUACCCCGGCGAGGAGAGGGCGAUGCAGUUCUUAGAUGCCUGCCCGCGCAAUAGUCAUGGUGUAGCUCAUAAAAGAAGUCUGCCACAGUCUAUAGCUCCGAUACCUGAUCUGAGAAGCAACCUCUCCGUAUCCGCGCCAGGCUUCACAGUUGCGAAAGCAGCAUCGUCCUCCUCUGUCAAGAAGUCGCAAUCAUUGCAACAGACUGCCGAAAAUUACUCUCACGAUGACAGACGGACGGGGAGCGAGGAGAGUUUCGUGGUUCAUCGUGGUAAAGGCAUUCCUACGUUAAGCUCCGUAGCAGAUGAGAAGUCGGUAGCUAGAGCAGAUGCCGCUGGUCGGCCGAGCAAUUGGGAAGAACAGAGGAGAAGUUCUUAUGCUGGCCGACGAUCUAGGCGUAACAGCGUUUCGGAUGACUCUCAGCUGACUAUAGAAAACUUCGGUGGUUCUCAGGAUAAUUUACACAACUUCGGUAGAAAUCCAGAUAAAGAGGUUGGAGUUCAUAUUGGCAAACGGAGUACGACCGAGCCGACAUUGCCUGCAAGAUCGAGCGUUCAGGACGUGUAUGGUAGUGGUGUGCAGCACAUACUCGCGGACAACGGCUAUGGAAAUGAUGAGCCUCCGAGAUUGAGAAGGCAGACCUCGAACUCGAGCUUGGACAACGUGGCGCUGAAGCAAAUUCUACAUUCCAGUGAUAACGAUAAUUCGGAGGGGGACACGUCGAAAUUAGCUAGCUUCGCGAACUUGAACAGGCAAAGCUCAGAGAAAGGGAUCAAUUUAACUUACACCGAAUCAGAGGAUGCCACGACGAAAUCGAAUCUUACGAUCAAGAAACACGGCCAGACAAACGGCAAUGGUAACGGCGAGAAAAAAACAACGUUUGCCACGUUACCGAAUACGACUACAUGGCAGCAACAAAGCAACCAGCAGUCCCAACAGGCGGAACAACAUUCUGUUGAUGAAAACGGUGGUAACACGAUUAUGGCCUCACAACUGAAUAAUAUUAGAUUGAAACUCGAAGAGAAACGUCGGCACAUAGAGAACGAGAAGAGGAGAAUGGAGGUUGUUAUGUCGAAACAACGUCAGAAAGUGGGGAAAGCUGCGUUUUUGCAAGCUGUUACGAAGGGUAAGGUUAAGUCUCCCUCUUCAUCAACGUCUGGGGGGGACAGUCCGGCCGAAAUCGGUCCCCCCACUCCUGUAACCUCCGGAUCUUCGGGGGAGACCCCGACAAGUGUUUCCGAGACGACCCCUGUACCCCAACAACCCUUUCAAGAAAAACCACAGAGACCCUUCUCGCUCAAGGAGAUUAGUGAGGAUGUGCGGGAUGUAGAACAUAAAUGGUUGGAGCAUGAUGGUAAUGCACCAUUUAUUGAAACAAGACGUACUCCAGACAUUGAAAAUAUGGAUCUUGAGCAGUAUCAUCAGUCUAUAUCACAAUUGAAUAAUAGUCUUAGUGAAAUACAAGGAGACAUACAGCGUUUAGCCAAUCAGCAGAAUCAGAUACAACAGCAACAUUUAAUGUCACAGCAUCAACAACAGAUGCAGCAACAAUUACAACAAUUGCAAAGUCUGAGUCAGCAUCAUAUGCAAAGUUUUGGAAUGUCAGCCAUGAACACUUUAAGCUCCAAAUUACAAGAGCCUCAACAGUCACAAUUUUAUUUACAUGAUCAACCACAGUUGCAAAGACGAAUGUGGGGUCAACCACCUCCUACUCAAAGUUUAGCAAAUGAAAUAGCUGCCGUAGGUUAUCAACAGUCAAUGGAUCCACGAUAUGGGUCUCAAUCAACAGGUUAUCAGCAAGAUAUGCGUUUAUAUCAAGAUACGCGAAAUUGGGGAACACAUUCUCACCAACAAAAAGGAUUUGUUUUACAUGAUACUCCUCCAGAACCGAGGUAUCUUAAUGGUGGGGAUCAUAGUCUUUGUAAUAAUCAAAUGAGUCAUCCUGGUUCUACAUAUCCAACGUCUUCAUCUAUCUUUAAUCAAACACCACCGUCUUCUGCUAGUCCUCAACAUCGAAAUGCUGUUCAUCGAAUAAGCCAGUUAAUGAGUGAAAGUCCAGAACCAAAAAGGCCGACUGUACAUCAUAUACCAAUUAAGUGUGAAAGCCCUACAGAGAAGAGACAGGUUACUGCAUUGCAUGCACCUGUUCCAGCUCCACCAGUUGAUGACAUGAAACCACAAAAUAUAUCGUUUAUUGGAAAUGAUGAUGAACUUUCACAAGGCAUAAGAGGUUUGCACAUCACGUCUGGCAGCCGUACAUAUAGAAUUCCAUCACCAACUAGACCUUCAAUAUCACGUAAUUCAUUUCAACCUCAUCCAUCAUUAAGAGAGGCCACACCAUCUCCAUCAGGUACUCCAGAGGUCACGCCUCUCGAUCCAACGGAUGCUGGUGAAAAAGGUUUUUACAUAUGUUUCGAUAAUGACGCACCGAAGAAACCAAAACCAACUCUUAGAGUAAAGAGAACGUCUCCCAAGAAGGAACGAACAGCAUCAUCAUAUGUUGAAAACGAAGAUUUUACCGUACGACCCGAAUCUCCGGCUACCAUUUCAGAUAGACAAAAACUAUUAGAGACUCAACGAGAGUUAGAUCGAGAAAAACAGCGUCACAUAGACGAAAGGGACUUCCAACGACAUGAAAUUAGAGAUAAAGAGCUGCAAAGAGAAGUGGAAAGAGAAAAGCAAAGGGAAAGACGCGAGACCAGCGCAGAAAAUCGACAAUCAGGCGUUGGUUUAGUAAUUGGAAAUCAACUUGCGAAUCCGGAUCCAAAUUCUCUGGAUGAAAUGGAACGUAAGAAAGAACGUAUAAUGCUUCUAUCGCUGCAAAGAAGACAGCAGCAAGAAGAAAUGAAAGAAAGGAAGGAAGCUGAGGCACAAGCGCGUAGAGAACAAGAAAAAUUAAAAGCAGAAGAAAGAGCUCGUAAAAAGGAAGAAGAAAGACAGCGAAGAGCAGCUAUUUUAGAACAACAUAAAGUAAAGAAGGCAAUAGAAGAGGCAGAAAGAGAAGGCAAAGUUAUCGAUAAGGAGCUUCUCAAUGCAAUAAAACCAACAAAACUACGUAAUAAGACUGCUACAACUCGACCAAGACCUAAGACUAUUCAUGUGGAUGCUGGUGCGGAAUUGGAUUCUGGAGCUCUUACGCCUAGUCGUGGCAAAAAGGGUUCUUCUUCGAAUCUCAGUACAGCGUCGCUGACCUCCCCGACGAUGAGACGAGACUACUACCGAGGCUCGCAGGACAGUCUCACUGCUGCUCAUUUCGAUGAACGACGUUCCGGCCCUUUUUAUCGGGGCGGCAGUCUCAGGGUAUCUUCCGUAGAUUCACCCGACGACGGUAGAGGUUCCUCGCCUUGUCGAAGUAUGAAUCAGCUUGGCCGACGUGGUUCCUACAAGACGUCCAGAGAUGUGCAGGAGCCUCAGCAACAGGUUAGAGGCAGGCCUAAAUACCCGAGUUACCAAAACUUUAAGGGGAGAAAAUCUAAUUCCUUGAUGAAUUUGUGUGGUUCGAGUAGUGAUCAAGACGGUAUGAUGUGUCGAUACACAGAUACGGACAGCGGACUGGGCAGGGCAACACCACCGAGGAGGGCACCGAGUCCUGGCAUGGGCAGCAUGAGGCAUCUUCCUUCACCAUCAGGGCCUGGCUCUUUACCACCUGGUUUGAUGACUAAAAGAAGGGUUUUCGAUGACGGUAGCAGUGACAUCAGUAGCACGCCAAGUUCGAUGAUGGACUAUAAUGGUCCAAGAUUGUAUAAACAGCCUACGACUAAGUCGAAUCGUGGUAUUAUGUUAAAUGCCGUGGAAUACUGCGUAUUUCCUGGUACGGUGAACAAGGAAGCAAAAAAAAGAGUUUUAGACGAAAUUGCGAGAUCGGAGAGCAAGCAUUUUCUUAUUUUAUUUCGAGAUGCUGGUUGCCAAUUCCGGGCUCUCUACUCAUACUGCCCUGACAGAGAAGAAGUAUCGAAGUUGUACGGUACUGGACCGAAACAAGUUAUGGAUAAAAUGUUCGACAAGUUUUUCAAAUACAAUUCGGGUGGAAAAUGUUUUUCCCAAGUUCAUACGAAGCAUCUGACUGUAACCAUAGAUGCCUUUACAAUACACAAUAGUCUUUGGCAAGGGAAGAAAGUGAAUUUGCCGAACAAGAAAGACAUGCCUCUCGUCAUAUAG